GAGGGGAGGGCGGACAGGGAGGGGGGAGAUCACGAGAGAGGAGAUGUUGAAAGACGCCGAGGUUAAUCAUCUCCUGCAUGGCUGCGUGUGUUCGUUCACAGGAGCUGGGUCACAGAAGCGAGAGAGAGGCACCACAAAGAGAGAGAGAGAGGCAGGCACCCCCGAGGAAGGAGUGCGACCCCCCAAAUAGGGAUCGCCCCCCCUCCCCCAGGAAGAGAGCUGGGAGUGUGAGAGGCCACGGACGGGUGCCGCGCGGUGCGUGCCAUGACUCUCCGCGCCACGUGGCCGCGCGCGCGUCUUGUCUGGCGGCGGCGGCGGAGGAGGAGGAGGGGGACACGGGCGGCGCGGGCUGCCGCAGGCCGCGUAGCGCUCGCGGCCGCCAUGCGGGCCCGCGGAGUCCACCCCGGGGGCCCGGCGAGCGCGCGGACCGGGAGCGGCGGCCCGCCGCCGUGGUUCCGCGUGGCGCUGCUGCUGUGGCUGACGGCGCGGGCCGUGGCGGGCGACUGCUGGAUAGUGGAGAGCGACCGCAACAUGGUGCCGCGCGCCAUCUGCAACCAGAACACGCCGCCCUUCGACGCGAUCCCGCGCGGCCUCAACGGCUCCAUCGCCGACUUGCGGCUCAACCGCAACAAGAUCCGCGCGGUGGCGCGCGACUCGCUGUCGCGGUACCCGCACCUCGUCCACCUGGACCUCUCGCGCAACCUCAUCGCCGACGUGGAGGAGAGCGCCUUCUCGGCGCAGCCGCGCCUCCGCGUGCUGCUGCUCGGCCACAACCGCCUGGAGGUGCUCACGGCCUUCACCUUCGCGGGCCUGCCGCACCUGCGCGAGCUGCAGCUGCAGGCCAACCGCCUGCGGCGCGUCGAGCCGCUCGCCUUCCGCCAGAGCAUCGCGCUCGUCGCCCUCGACCUCGCGGGGAACCGACUCGCGGCGCUCGACGCGGCGGCGCUGGCCGGGCCCGAGCGCCUCGAGUCGCUGGAGCUGCACGGCAACCCGCUGCACUGCGAGUGCGAGCUGCACGGCCUGCUGCUGUGGAUGUACGCGCACAUCAACGCCUCCUCCGCCUCCUCCUCCGCCUCCUCGUCCCACGUUUCCUCUCCUGCGGUGGCGUCGUGGGAGCGGCUGUCCUGCUACUCUCCGCCCGCCAUGAAGGGAGUGCCGCUGCUGCGGACGCGCGCCGCCGCCAGCCACCACCGCAGCGCCGUUCGCGAGCUGGCGGCCUGCAGGGAUCACGUGGCGCCGCCAGCGCCACCAGCGCCCACCGCCGCUGCCAGCGACCCCCCGGGCGCGGGGUCGCGGCGGCCGGGCGGCGGCGGCGGCGAGGAGGAGGAGGAGGACAGUACGGACGGGGGCUCGGGGAUGGCCACGGACGUGGGCCUCCCGGGCAGGAGGCCGACCCCCGCGGGGCCCGUGAGGGGGAAGGCGCUGCCCUCGCUGCAGCUGGUGUCUCAGGCCCGCACGUUCGCCGUGCUGCGGGUGCAGAUCCCCGACCCGUUCGACAAGAUGUACGUGCUGGCGCACUACAACCGCUCGGCGUACAGCGACGUCAAGAACUUGCGGCAGAACCGCGAGGAGGUCCGCGUCGAGGGGCUGAGCGCGCACCGCAACUACACCUACUGCGUCGUCUCCGUGCGCCACGCGCGGCGCACCAAGCACGCGUGCCUCGACUUCCGCACGCCGGGGGGGGCGCCGCGCGCCGGCGGGGGGGGCGCGCGCCGCACCAUCGCGCUGCUCGGCUGCGGCCUCGGCCUCCUCUUCCUGCUCGCCGCCGCGGCGCUCGCGCUCCGCCGCCGGCUGUGCGGCGCGCGGCGCGGGCCCGGCGACGGCGCGGGGGGCCCCGGGAACGGCGCCGGGGGCGCCUCCAAGGCGGAGCUCGUCAAGGGGAGCGACGUGGAGGAGGCGGCGGGCGGGGGGGGGCUCGACCCGCGCAUCCCCCCCCCCGCGCCCCCCGCGCCCCCCGCCGACGCCAAGGCGGACGAGGGGAGGGACGAGGGGAGGGACGCGGGCGGCGCGACCAAGCGAAGCUACAUGGAGGUGCGGGCCCCCGCCGAGGCGCCGGCGGAGACUCGGGCCGUCGCGGGGGUCGCGGGGGCGGCCGAGCGGCGGGGAUCGGCGGCCGAGAUCUCCACCAUCGCCAAGGAGGUGGACCGCGUCAACCUCAUCAUCAACAGCUGCAUCGACGCCCUGCGCGCCGAGGCGCCGCCGCCGCCGCUCUGCGACUCCUCGUGCUCCGCGCCGCUCCUGCUGCUCGCCGGCGACGUGCACGCCGAGCCGCGCUCCCACGGGCCCCAGGGACCGCUCGGGCCACAGGGACCCCACGGGCCCCAGGGACCCCACGGGCCCCAGGGACCCCACGGGCCCCAGGGACCCCACGGGCCCCAGGGACCCCACGGGCCCCAGGGACUCCUAGGGCCCCAGGGACCCCACGGGCCCCAGGGACUCCUAGGGCCGCAGGGACCGCUCGGGCCGCAGGGCUUCCAGGUGCCCGCGACCCCCCCGUCCAUGGGAACGCGGGGCUCUUACGUCCCCAUGGCGGCGUGCGGACACGCGGGGGCCGCGCCGCUGGCGCCUGGGUCAAAGCGGGCGCGGGGUGGCGGCGCGGGGGGAUCGGAGGGUCGGGGGGGCCCGGGGGCCCAGGGCAGGCAGGUGGAUACGGGGCUCCGCGUCGCGGAGUCGGGCGGAGGAGAGCGCUCCGCUGCGUGCGCUCCGCUGCCCGGCAUGCACGACCCCACGCGGCCGCCCCCGCCGGCCCCGGCUCGGGGCGGCGCGGGCCCCGAACCUCCGGGCCCCUUCGGCCCCCGCGGACACGCCGCCGUGGGCCCGCGGCGCGCGCCGUGUCCCGGCGCGGAGCCGCGGGAGGCGGCCGCGGUGAGGCGCUCCCCCGGGAGCCCCCCGCCGUGCCGGCCCGGGCUGCGGCGCGGGCCCGGGAUCCGGGCCUACGCGUCCAGCCCGGAGUGCGGGGGGGGCGCCGAGCUGAGGCCCGGGGGCCCGCGGGGGCUGUGGGCCCGGAUUCGGAGGCCCCUGCGAAGGAGGGCCCCGUGGGGCCCCGAGAUGGAACCCAUCGCCGCGGGACACGCGCUCAAGCGCAAGGUGCAGCUGGCGCGACACGAGGACCUUCACGACAUCCUGGCCUACUGGAAGGGCGUGGGGGCCCAGCGGCGAUAAUUAGGGGGGGGGGCAUCCCCUACGCGACCCCCCUCGCCGUUCCCGCGAUGAGACCCCCCCCCCCCACACACACCGCCGACCUCUCCUGGGCUCCUGUCUUCCUCCUUCAUCGCCGCCAGCCUCCACCCCCCCACACACACCAAGUGGCAUGAGAUUCGCACUUGACCUCUCUGACCCCAAGCGACACGCGAUAACGGCUCGGGAACCCCCGAACGGGGUCCCUGAAAGGGGAUCCUGGGAAUGGGAUCCCCCUCUGUGCCCCCCCCCACCCCCCGUAUCUCCUUGUGCGCGUGCCUGCGUUGCCUGAAAUGUUUAAGUGCGUAACCCCCUCCCCCACUCCACCCCGUGACCCCCUCGCCCCCCCUCCUAUUCCUUGUGCGCGUGCCCGUGUUUGUCCCGUCCGCGUCCCUCCCCACUCUCCCCCCCGCUGCUGCAUGUCCCCCCCCUCACCCCCUCCGGUUCUCCCCCCCCCCCACACUCCCCCCUCCCCCACACUCCCCCCUCCCCCAUCCCAGUUUCUCUCCCCCGAUCCGCCCCCCGCCCCCCUCCCCCCGCCCGACCCCACGUCUCGUGCUCGUCUCCCAGUGUCGCCGUCGCCGCCGCCGCCGUCACUCACGAUUGUCACCUCGACUGUAAAUAAACGUCUCCGUUUUUAAUUCCCCGCCACGGAGACUCGAGUCCAGUCAGCCGGUGACAGAUGCCGCCGCCGCGUGGAGACGCUCGCGGAGACGAAAAUCCUAUUCCCGACAACCGGGGCAAGUGGACGCUCGUGCGAGUGGCAGCGUCGCUGAGCGCACAAGGGGGUCGGUUCUGUCUUGCACCGCAUGCCACCGACUUCGUCUCGCCCUUUGCUGAUGCUCGACCUGGGCGAAGCCCCACCACGGCUGGGUAGGGAUGUCACUUGUCACUGAUGAUUGUGGCCAUGGCCGGGAAAUCGAACUCCGUUGGCCGAGUUCGUAGCGCGGUGCGCUAACCGCUGCACCGCCGCUCCUUUCCACGCACACUAACACACACACACACACUGCCCACAAACACACACACGCCUCGUAUAGACACACACACACUCCAAAUGCAUCGUUUCACGCCGUCGAAAACUUGGGUAAAUUAAGAAUUUCCAUAGAAAUUCCAAAAACCAAUCAUCGUCAGCCACGAUCUUCAGUUCCACUACUGGAUUGGAGACCUCCCCCCCCCCCCCUAAGCCGUCGCCACCCAUCGCGGCCCAGCGGAUGCCACCGCCAUCCACCCGCAGCAUCCGCAAACGAUGUCGCUUCCCUCCGCUCCGUAGUGCCCGAGGUGGGCCCCGAGGGCCCAGAGAGGCGCGCUGGGGGGUCCAGGAUCCUCCCGAGAGACGCGGCGUCCACGAGGCGA